AUGGCUGUUGUACUUCCUAUCCCAGAAUAUGCUGAAAAUGGUCCCAAAGAGCUUGACGCCGGCAGCCUUUUCGUCCUGAAAUCCCGAGGGUCAUGGUUGCACUGUGGAUACCAUUUGACGACGGCGAUAGUGGCGCCGACGCUGCUGAGUUUGCCGUUUGCUUUCACGUUGUUGGGAUGGAUAGGGGGAAUGAUAUGCCUGAGCAUGGCAGCGCUGGUCACCUUUUAUUCCUAUAAUCUUUUGUCUUUAGUAUUGGAGCACCAUGCUAUGCUUGGCAAGCGCCAGCUUCGUUUCAGAGAUAUGGCUCGUGAUAUUUUAGGGCCAGGAUGGGGCAGGUAUUUUGUGGGUCCACUUCAACUAGGCUUAUGUUAUGGCUUAGUCGUUGCAUCAACUCUUCUUGGUGGGCAAAGCCUCAAGUUCAUUUAUUUGUUGAGUAGACCAAAUGGAAGCAUGCAGCUGUACCAAUUUAUCAUUAUGUGUGGAGGGCUAACACUAGUGAUGGCACAAUUGCCAUCCUUCCAUUCCCUAAGGAAUAUCAAUCUUGUCUCCUUGAUUCUCUGUCUUAUUUAUUGUGCUUGCACAACUGUAGGAUCCAUUCACAUUGGACAUUCUAAUAAAGCACCUGAAAGAGAUUAUUCAAUUACUGGAGUUGGUAUUAAUCGCAUAUUUGGUAUCUUUAAUGCUAUUUCUAUCAUCGCAACUACCUACGGAAAUGGAAUCAUUCCCGAAAUACAGGCGACAAUAGCACCUCCAACAACAGGGAAAAUGUUGAAGGGGCUAUUAUUGUGUUACAGUGUAGUGAUAUCGACAUUUUUCAGUGUUGCGAUUUCUGGAUAUUGGGCUUUUGGAAACCAAGCUCAACCAUCAGUGCUCCAAAAUUUCAUGUUAGAUAGGAUACCUUUGCUGCCCAAAUGGUUUCUCAUGAUCACUUAUAUCUUCACCUUUGUCCAAGUAUCAGCUGUUAGCUUGACUUACUUACAACCAACAAAUGUAGUAUUAGAAAAGAGAUUUUCAGAUCCAAAAAAAGGCGAAUUCUCAAUCCGCAAUGUGGUUCCCCGGUUAAUUUCCCGGUCACUAUCGGUGAUCAUUGCGACAACGUUGGCUGCAAUGCUACCUUUUUUUGGAGACAUUAUGGCUUUGUUUGGUGCAUUUGGUUGCAUUCCUCUUGAUUUUAUUUUGCCUAUGGUCUUCUAUAAUGUCACUUUCAAACCUUCAAGAAAGAGCAUAAUUUUCUGGGGAAAUACCAUAAUUGCUCUUGUCUCAACGGUGUUGUCUUUAAUUGGGGCUGUAGCAUCUGUGCGGCAAAUGGUGCUUGACGCCAAGACAUAUCGUCUGUUUGCGAAUAUGUGAUGGGAAUUAUUAUAACGCGGGAUUUUACUGGGAAUGUUGUUAUUGUAUCCAAAAUGUCAAGCACUUUCGGUAAAAGUUGAA